AUGGAGAAAGCGGAACAAUGGCACACCGACCGUCUAGGAUAUGCUUGCGCGACACUACAAACUGCCACCUACAACCUUGGUCUUAGUGCUAUAUCCGAGUACUGCAAUGACAAACAGCGCUACUGUCCACAGGUUGUUGCAACGCUGUAUUCUCAAGGAUGGGUUUCACUCUUUGGCAAGGGUGGCGACAUCGCCAAAAAGCUAGACAGCGCAUGCAACGAACAUACACAGAAAUUAUUACACUAUCAACUUGAGGAUGUCACAUUCAUCUGGAGGGAUCCCUCUCAGAAGCAGAUGUUCAUGCGGCUUAAAGCCAAGUUAGGGGAAAAGGGAUUGAUGCCUUACCGAAUGAUUGUCGAUGAAUACGUGAAGCUAGUCAUACCCUUGGAGAUGGUGGAUUAUUUCGACAAGGACGCCGAGUUUGCCCGUUUUCUAGACGUCGAGCACAACAAAUACGUCACCGAAAAGGCGUGA